UGUGUACGGUGUAAUGUGUACGGUGUAAUGUGUAUUGUGUAAUGUGUACGAUGUAAUGUGUACGGUUCAAUGUGUACGGUUUAAUGUAUAAUGUGAACUGUGUACUUUAAAAAGCAGUAUUCUGUUUACUUAGAUACAAUGCACACUUUUUACACACAUUACUCUUAAUGGUGUACUGCUCCAUAUUGCUCUCUAUCAUAGUCUAAUUUCAUCUGCAUGAAUGCUGUACAAAUUUCUAUAAUUGCUCAGAGGUUGGUCUGGUACUUAAAAUUAACUUGAUACUUUUUACUGUCUAGUACCUGGAAUAUUGAAAAGGUAUCAAAUAUGGAGCCGGAUUGUACUUACAAGAACUUCUCAGAUCUUGAGGACUUUGACGAGAUUGAUCUCAACUGCAAAACUCAAAGACCAGAGGUCAUCCAAGACAAUUUCGAGGUCACUGACAGCUUGGAGGUCACUGAGAGUUUAGAGGCCACAUUUGAUAAACUCGAGGACUGGGAAAAGAUCCAGAUUGUCCAGGUUAUUUUGAAGGAUAUAGAAGAGGAAGAUAGACUUGCUGAAAAAAUAAGUCGCCUAAGAGAGGAACUUGCCGUUUUACGGCGGCGUGGUGUGCUUCGCGCUGGUUCUUCCGCCGAGCGCGCUUGCGGCAGAUGCAGGGCGGAGCUCGGGCGGAUUAUCAACAGGGGGGCGAUUUGCAGGGGAUGCAGUGUCCGUGUGUGUAAGACCUGUAGGGAGUACACUACAAGGUCUGGACAGGACUGGAUCUGUAGUAUCUGUCAGAAAAACAAGGAAAUCGCAGCAGCUAGUGGACAAUGGGUCAAUGAGUUUAUCCCUAAUAAUGGAAGAAAGGGAGGGGGGAAGGUUUAUGUUCCUUCAACUGCUGAACUACUGAAGCGAAAUAUUCGGCGGUCAUGGACGAUUUCAAAUCCGUCCGGAACGGAGGGACCAAUGAUGAAUCCUAGAGGACAAGAUCCAAGAAACUUUCAUAGGCCGGAUCUGUUGCCAGUUGAAGACGACCUACCUCUCCUCACUGGUCGAAGAGAAAACGACGUUCAUGCUCUUCCACUCUCCUCUCGCCCAGUUGUUGUAGCGCAGAUACCUCCUCCUCCCUCCAGGGUUCAGAGAUUUAAUAAUGUGCCAUCAAUCCCAUUAAAUUCUCAGAUGGUUAGAAACCUUCCUGUGAGAACCCAGUCCCUGGGGGUCGGGGAUUCAGGACGAUUUAUGGGACGAGGCGGACCACCACGCUUCCGCCCUCCUCCGCCUCCUGAGGACCGGCGUAUGUACCCUGAUGAACGGCGGAUGCGGCGUGAAAUUGCAGAUACCAGCUCAGAUGGCGAGGAUAUGUUUGAGACGGGAGGAGUAGGAGAUUAUAUGUCCUGGGAUAGGAGAAAAUAUAAAGAG